ACAGCACACGCGCAGACCCAGUCAUUCGGUCACGACGCGCGAUCACGGCAUGUCGUCGGUACGCCGCGUGCACGGAACAGCAGUCGUUGCGUUCGUAGUUUUUCGGUUAUCGCGUUUGUAUAAAAUAUAAUAUUUUGUAAUAACAAGCGAUUGUAAUAAAUUGAUGUAGGUAGUGCGCGUUUCGUCGUAAAACCAUAUUUAAAUAUUCAAUUCGUAUAUCAUCGUUAUUCAAUUACAAUUUACAUUUCAGUGUUGUUUCGUUCGACAGACGGUCGUCGGCUGCAGUUUUGCGGGUAAAAAGAAGAUGGACAGAAGAUAAUUGAAAAUUAAUUAAUUAAGAUGUAUUUCAUUCUAACCGCCAAAAGUCUACUGUGGGUGACGUUGAGUGUGGUGUCCACCAUUACUCUAUUCACGGCCAUUUAUUCGCCGAAAUGGCUCGUCGGACCUACUGAUUACAACUGUAUAUCCAGUAAAUCGCUGUCCACUGAAACGAACAACACCUUGGACUCACCGUACUACGAAGUGCGCUGCCGUCCGUCCGUCGGCAUUUACUACCGGUGUAAAAAAAUCAACGGCCACCAGCACUGCGGUUCGUUCGCCGUCGAAGGACUAGCCACGGAUUCGUUGAUGUUCCCGUUCGUGUGGAAGAUCGGCUUAGUGUUGAUGUCCGCUGGUGUUUUCGUCAGCUUUUUAAUGUCCGCCAUGGCCGUGGGCAGCUUUUGCAAGCAAUCGAUAAGGAAGAAAAGCGUGUUCGGGAUAGCUGGUUCCGGGCAAGGACUCGCUGUUUUACUCUAUCUGAUCGGAGUAAUUUGUUUCGCCGCUGGUUGGGGUUCGGAACGCGUGGUGGUGCUGUGUGGAACUCAAUCCGUGCCUUUUGUUUCUGCGGAUUGCACGAAUGGAUCAGGUUUGUACACUGCAGCUUUUGGUAUUGUUCUCACUUUCGCCACGGCCAUGUUGUCGGGGCCAGCUGACCGAGCAACGUCCAGCGACAAAGUAGCACUUCAACUCGAACAAGGAGAAAAUAUUGUCUUUCUACUAUAGAUAAUGUUGUUUUAUGAAUGUGUAUAUUAAACUCCGUGCACAUGUACAUACUAAUAUUUUAAUUGAAAUUGGUACAUUAUAGUUAUACCUAUUACCUACUUAAUGCUUUUGUUACGUCAAAACUUUUAUUUUAUUGUGUAACGAUAAAUAUUUGUAAACGAUAUUGUAUUUUUAUUUUUUCAUAUUUAUAAAAAUAAUUUUACACCAAA